CCCCCUGCGCGCGCCCCGCCUCGAGUUCGUCCUAUGUGACACGGGCCUGGGUCCCCAAGCUCAGGAAGACCGCCGGGGGCGGUAGGACCGGCGCCCAGGAGCUGCCGCCGCGCCAGAACCCGGAGCCCGGAAGCCUCACGCCGCCGCCCGCCAUGAACGGCUCCCUGCGGCCGGGCGCCAGCAGCUGGCGACGGGCAGCCACCAUGGUGCUGGCCGCUGGCUGGGCGCGCCCGGGCCCCGCCGCCCCGUCGCCGCCCCCGCCGCCCGCCGAGGGCUUUCGGCUGCUGCUGCUGCAGCGCUCCGAGAGCCAAGGCUUCUUGCCCGGGGCGCACGUCUUCCCGGGGGGCGUGCUGGACAAGGCCGACCACUCGGCCGACUGGCUGCGCCUCUUCGCGCCGCACCACGGGCCGCCGCGUUUCGGCCUGGGCCCCCCACUGUCGCGGCCAGCCUCCUUCCCGGGGCUGCCCGACCCCGCCGACGAGGACGGCGCGGCGCUGCCGAAUGACGUAGCCUCCCGCAUCUGUGCCAUCCGCGAGGCCUUCGAGGAGGCGGGCGUGCUGCUGCUGCGGCCGCGGGACGCCCUGCCCACCGCGGCCGAGCCCGCACGCGCCCUCGCGCCGCCGCCGGGCCUGGACGCCUGGCGCGACCGCGUCCGCCGCGACCCGCGCCACUUCCUGAGCCUGUGUGCGCACCUCGACUGCACGCCCGACAUCUGGGCGCUGCACGACUGGGGCGGCUGGCUCACGCCGUUCACGCGCUCGGGCGGCCGCCGCUUCAACACCGCCUUUUUCCUGUGCUGCCUGCGGGAGCCGCCGCCCGUCUACCCGGACUUGACCGAGGUGGUGAGCUGCCAGUGGUCAUCUCCAUCAGAGACAACUGAGAGUUUCAUAUCGAAAAAAAUUUGGUUAGCACCCCCACAGUUCUACGAAAUAAGAAGGCUUGGAAACUUUGCCUCUCUCUCUGACUUGCACAAAUUUUGUUUGGAUGGUGCAUUGGAAGAGAUGGAAAGAUGGCUGCCGAUCACAUUUUUAACUGCUGAUGCAAUGCUCCAGCUUUUACCAGGAGAUGAACUGUACUUAGAAGAUUCAGACUUUGUAGAGAAUGUUAUGUCCACAGAAAAAAAGACUGGAGAAAUCAUGAAGGAAGGCAAGACAUUUCACCGAAUGGUGUUACACAGCCGCCAUGUGUACAGUGUCCACGUGACUGUCCAGUCAAAGCAUAAACAUGUUUAUCCUAAGACCUACGUAGUAAGUCAGAGCCAUCUAUAGAGGACUGCUUGCUUGUAAGCUGGCUUGCUUGAAGUUGUCCUGCUGAAUACCGGAGGUCGACUGGACUUGCUUGGAGCAUAAGGACCUUUGUACAAUCUAGUACCAAUAGUCUAAUCUGAUAUAGUAUAAUAUACAUUUCAAGCGUAAUAUAGUGCUCUCUUGCUUAUUUCAUCCUUUAAACCUCAUGGUAUCACACAAAUGUAAUUAAUUAUUAAUGAUCCUGUUCCCAGAAUGAGGGGGGAAGAAAACCUCACAAGGGCUUCCACUUCUGAAUUAUUAUUUUAUUUACUUACUUUUGAGAGAGAGCCAACAGGGGAGGAGUGGAGAGAGAGAAUCCCA